ACACAUUUCGACAAAGGCGCCGAGUGUAUCACGCAGCCGGAUAGCGGCUGAUAAUAUGUACAGUCUUAUUGUCCCACCUACCCGCUUCAUCAUACUUAUUGCAUGUAUUCUCGCAUCUAUCCAGCUUCUUGUACAAUGCUCUCCAAUAUCAACGUCCUACAGAACUCUUCUAUACGGGGAAAAGCUGAAAGGCUUUUUGACGAUAUCACCAGCUGAUGAGAAUGGGGAUACUUAUAUUGUUAGUUUCGACAUUAAAGAGAAACCAAAUGAUACUUUGGUAUGGGCAGUACACACCUCAUCCGCUCCUUACGACAUGGCUGUAAUGACUGAUAAUUGCCGGCGUGUAAAGAAAAGUCCGCCCGUCGUGAAGAACAUGCCGGUCACAGAUUCAACCAUCGCUGGCGACGGUCUGGCAGGCAACACGUUGGUGAUUUCCGGUGAUAACAGCGAGGUUCUGGCUUGCGCGACAGUUAUCAUACCUGGCAAAGAACUGAUGCACGCUUCGUUUCACCAGGAACCGAUUGAAGGACAUGUUCAUAUAAUUCCGAUCAAAAAUAAUGCAGUUCGCCUGGUACCUGAUCUCAAGUAUAUGCCAAAAUAUGACUACGUUGAACCGGAGAAGAAAAUCAUGACUUGGGCAUUUGUGGAUUCUUGUACAGCAUUGAAUGAUUCUACCAAACUAACAGACUACAGUGAAGUUGGUGUCGACUCGAGAGCGACUUUUGUUUUCACACUUCCGGAAAACUACACCUUGGAAUCAUUGGCUUUAUAUCGCGAAGACAAAAUAUUUGCAUGCGCUGAUAUCGUGAAUGUGGAACCGAGAAUACUCAAAUCUCUUGGAGUCACACUUCGCCAGACACACUAUUUUGAACCAGUUAUUGGAUUGAAAUCUCCACCGAAAGAGUUGCAUAUUAGGGAUGAUUGUUUAGAUAUUUCGACGGAGAUUGUGCAUAAAAACUAUUUGAGCUAUUAUCCUUCGGUUAAUAUUUUCGGAUCCGAAUCAAUUAUGUUAAAGAGUCUGGUUUUGAACAAUUCUUGUAAUGCGCUCCGACCACAGUUUGCUCGGCCGGCUGCAAUUGCCAACUUCAUACACCCUGUAAUUGGAAGAAUUGUACUCGUUGAUACAGAUGACAAAAUUUUGCUCACUGGGGAAAUUCGAAAUAUUUUUGAUGAAAUGUCCACGCGUGCAACUGUGUUGAUAUCCAACAAAACUGCUGAAUCGACAUCUUGUGCACAUACAACGUGCGAAACUUGUCAUAAAGUUGAAAACGCUGCCGUCGUGGUCGGCAAAAAUGAAAAAGCAGUGACAAUGACUGGAGUUUUCAACUGGUUCAACAUAUCAGACAUGAAGUCUGCCAUAAUUGAUCUCGAAUGGAUGAAAGUUUGCGCAAACCUCACAGUUUUGCCUUCCGGAGCCCUCACAAUGCAUGCCAUGGUGAAAAGAGUCGCUCCGUUUUCAUCGGCUACCGUCGCCUCGCUUGUGGCUUUGGAAUAUCCGGCCAACAAUUAUACGGAGAUUCUGAUUAAUAAAAAGCAAAAAUUCUCCGACGUUCAAGCACAUUUCCGUCCUCUCGAUCGGAGUAUCACAAGUGGUCCCCCAUGUGGAGAACAGAAUUUAGGAGGCGUCACAAAACUUCCUUGGGUUGAAGAACUAAAGAAAAAUUUCAUGAGUCACGAAAACGAUUCCAGUGUGAUUUUUGACGAACGGUUUGUCACCGGCGUGACGAGUAUGCUUGGCACUUCAAUUCUCCUCAAGGAAGGGAAGGAUGUUUUCUGUGGACACUUUGAACCGCCCAGUGAAAGGACAGUCGCGUUUGCUGAACUUGGACAUCCUUUUGAUGGGUAUAUUAAAAUGACACAAUACACAAAAUCGAAUUGGGAAUCCGGAUUUCCUACUGAAAUCUAUUAUUCUUUGAAGUACAUGAAUCAAAUUGACCCCACAGUCAACCCGGAAUCAGUGACAUGGGACAUUGUGAGCGAUCAAAACCUAACUUGCAGCUCUGCAGUUAUUUUUAAUCCGCUACAAGUAGAUGAAUCUGAAUGCACUAGUCAGCGAUAUGAGUUUUGUCCCAUCGGAAGUGCUUCAAACCGCUCAAAGCCGCUGCUAAUGCACGCCCGCUGGCAUUUAACUGCUCAGGGUUUUCCGCUAUCCGGCCCUUAUUCAGUAAUCGGCAAGACACUCAGACUGCAAUCGAUCAAGAACCCAAACCAGAUUGGCUGUUACCCAGUUAAAAAAGUCUCAGAGGCAACUUUCCGAUGGGUGGUUUACACCAAUACUUCGCUGUCUACUGUGCAGCAAAAGAUUUCUGACAAAGCCGGAGUUCCGUCAUUCAAGGUAGAAGUUGAUUAUACAAGGGAACUCUAUCAAACACGAUGCACAAUAUUUAGAAUCACAAUUUUAGAGAACGAUGAAAAACUGGAACAAAUCUUAGACUCUUUUGAUGUGGAAGCAAGAAAGUUUAUCAAUGAUACGGAGCUCGUUUGUAGUGAAACACAGCCGUUGACAGUCGAUGCAACUAAUGCAAUAUCACAGAAUAUUAUCACAUCCUCCACAUCCUCACUGAUAUUUUCAAUUCCCUUGCCAAUAUCCCUACUGUUCAUCUUACUGGCUCGUUGUUUUCUGUAAUUGUUUUUGACAAUCGGUUCAUCAAAUACGUGUAUAACUGCGUUUUUAAUAAUGAUAUAUAUAUUUUUCCCCUGCUCACCCCGCCUCGGUUGAAAGAUAAAUCUGUAAAUAUGGAGCCGAGUAAGUGAAGUGGUUGCGUUCGUAUAACGCGAUUAUAAACAUCCGGUUGGUGAUGUGCACAUCAACAGGGGCUCCUACUCACUUCAGAUGAGAGCUUCUUCUCUUUUUAGCAAUUUACUACGUAAUUCCACCUGUCCCGUUUUGAAGGAAAUAAAACGUGAAACCGCCGU